AUGACCUCGGCCUUUUUCCAACCGCCUAAAGGCUCUUCCGGGUCUCGUACAAUCUAUUCUGUUCUUUCGCGCAACUCGUGCAGCAAUAAUGACUACAAGAGGAGACUGACCACAGUGGACGAAGGUCUGCGCUCACCGGCGCUUUCUGAAUCGUCGCUCUCCAGCGGGUCUGGCUCUUCUUAUGCAUCUUCCACAUUCGGAACGUCCUCACCCAUACGCUAUGGAUCCCCAUCUUGCACAGAAGAAGCAGUGACACCGACUACUGUGGAGGAGGAACCCGCAUUCGACGCCACAGAUGCUAAGCAACUCGACUGGUUUGUACCAGAGUAUCUGAUAAAGGCCAUCGAUGCGGCGCGAUACUCAUCCUGGGGCGACUUCGGGGACGAGAUCUGCUGGGACGCAUUGCCACUCGACUUUGGCUUCUCGGCCGUACCCUCGACGCGCCCAGAUCAGACUUUCCCUCAUGAGCUCUCACGCGAACAAGUCAUCCUCCUUCACAUGUUUGUACAUCAAUAUCGGAACUACGCAGCAGGCUAUGAAGAAAUUUGUCAUUUUGCAAACAAAGUCAACCUACCAGUUAUGCUUGUCGUGCACUAUCUGUGCUUUUACCAAUAG